AUGCUAUCCCAGUUCGUCGCUACCGCUCAUCGCUCCGUCCAAGACGUCGUCGGAAAUCAGAAGAUCAGAGUCCCCAGGGAUACCGCCACAUUGUCUGGAUCACAGGAGGCUAGCCGCGGACGGUCCGUGUCCACCGGGCUCCCACCCCCCAGAAUCCGAAAAGAAGACGAGGAACAGGUAGACGACGAAGCCGACCUGAGGUUCGAGAGCGACGAGGUCGAUAGCCCUGACCGGACACGUUCGCCACCUCCGCAAUACCCAUACCCGACUUCCGAAGCCUCUGCCUCGACAUCCUUCUCGCUUGCCUCUUCCCGUCCCGCCCCGCCGCCGUUCUCCAGCCUAUACACCUACGCACCUACCGACGGUCUCGUCGACGAUCACUUUAGGCUUACGCCGGUUGCCUCGUCCCCCGGCCCGGAAACUGGUGCAUCGUCUGCAACCGCAGCACCGGCCUACGCUCCUCCCGCCUCGGCCUCGCCCGAUAGCAACCCCCUCGAGAGGUCCGGUUCCUUCGAGGAGACUAUCGCAGAGACCAAGCGAGCCCUUCCCCAAGACGUCAAGCGCGACGCUUCGAGUCACAAGCUUGACGAUCCCAGCGAACCCCCUCCUGCAUACUCGGAAGGAGAUAGCCCGUUACUCUCAUUCACAUACCUGAUGGCGGCCGCCGGUGGUGCGUCGAGUAUCAUUACUCAAGUUCAGCAAGGAGGACCUCCUAUUAAUGCUAUCGGAGAUGUCGGAGCCGACGAAACCAUCACCAUGGACCUGCGCGGCACGCGCUUCGUGCUGUCUAGGGAUGAGCUACUAACCCUGCCCGAAUUUGUCCUCUUAUCCUUGUUCCCUAACGGGCUCUUUCCCGAGGGCCACAUGGGCGGGUUUGCCGAAGGUGAUGCCGUGCAAGUCGAUUAUGAUCCCGCGUCUCUGCAAUAUAUGCUAGAUUUUUUCCGGAACGUAGCUCAGUCCAUCCCUAACGAAUCCUCCCCUACGGCGUCGCCCGAUGGCGGGGUGGUUCCUGUGGACUCACUGGCCGCUCGGGGCGAGGAUGGAAGCAAGCGGGCCGGCAUUAUCGUCCUGCGGGAAGACCUAGACUUCUACGCGAUUCCUCCCCGACCGGACAUCAGCCAGGCCGCUAUGAUCGAAGUUAAACGUGCGGCGGCCCGAGCUCUGCUCAAGCAGGACGGUAUCUUUUCGGGACUGAAGCGAAGCGACGAGCCAGGAACGACCGAGGCGCACUUGAUCGAGAUGCUUACGGCUGGCGGCUUCAACCAUGACGAUAGGUGGGGCCACCGUGCUGGCGAGCCUAACAAGGCCGUCGUCUGUAGCCUGGCCCUGGCUCGGCUGCGGAGUGACAUCCGCGGCAACGACAUGGGCAGCAGCGCGGUCGGCAUGGCACAAAAGCUGCUGCUCUUCUGGAGAAAGCCGGCCCGUCGCUGCUGGUGGGAGGGUGUGGACCUGGAGGAGGUGGAAGGGGUGAAUGGACCGCUGAAGGUUUGGAUCCGGCGGGUGUGGACGCUUGAGAUGAGCGUCAUAGGUUUGCGUUAG